ACAAGAUCAGCUGCAACAGAAGCAGGAAAGCAUAGGAGAAGAAGGGGAUAUUAGCGAAGCAAAGACAUGUUCUUGGGUUGCAGGUAUGGGAAUUUGGCUAUACGAAGUGAAAAAUAUUUCAACGAAAGCUUUACGCUUGAGGAAGGGAUCUUCUAAUUGGCAACUAAAUGAACCCACCAAUAUGGUGAAUGUGGUAACUGGGUACUGGGAUGAUGACUGGAACUUCUCUUAUGGUGAUAUAAAUGUGAGAGUGUUUGACGAUGGGGAUUGGGGAUUGCAGAUUGAAGUCAAAAAAUCUGGCAGAAACACUUUAAGCAAUAAGUGGGAAAUAGAAAAGAACUACACGCAAGUUAAUUUUGUUUUCGAAGAAGACACAGUUUGGGUUUAUCCCACGACUCAUCCCUUGAAGAAAGAUGGGCAUGAGCAUCUGGCAUGGUCUGUGAAUCUCCACAAAGAAUGGAAAUGGGAGCCGUACGACAUCGACGCGUGAAUCCAUCACCUAUGGGUUUCUGGCUUUUGCGUGUUGUUGCUUGCGCAAAGUAAAUAAUUACCGUAUGCGAUGAGUGCUUCAUAUCUGGUUGUAAGGGUUUUUCUUUUGAUUACUUGUUUUGGUUUUGUUGCUUAAUUUAGUCUUUUCUACCCUGAGAUGGGAAAGCAGUAGUACGCAGCUGCCACUACAGUUGUCGUCCUUUUCUAAUAAGAGGGUUUUUGGUUCA